GUUUCGAGUUUAAAGCCACAAAGAAGUGACAACGUUUCAAAAGGCAAGCCACCAACAAGGAUUAAAGUUGUAUUUACAAGUGUUCAAAGGAUUAAAGUUGUCUUUAUAAAUUCACCAAAUGGAUAUCAAAUAUUUUGGACUGUUGCAGCUUAUUGGCUUGUUGUUUUUAGUGAGCUUGGCAGCAGCCAUUCCCAAGUACGAAGGCAAGCAAAAAGCUUAUGGCGAAAAAUCGCAAUGGAGUCGAUCAUAUUUGAAUGAAAACAAGACGCAAUUCAGCGAACCGCAGACUGCCUCAACAAAAGACAGAUUGGAGCGACUCGGCUAUACGACUGGCUAUGGAAGUUUGAAUGGUUAUCCAGGUGGCACUGGACUUUCUGCAUAUAAUCCCAUCAAAUUGGAUCUGGGCGGAGUAGUGCUGGGCACCCUGGUGGGCAUUGGUGCCAUCAUUCUCAUACCCAAGAUAUUGUCAGCUUUCCAUGGCGGUUACGGUGGCUACGGACGCAGUGAUGACCAAAAUGAUCUGGCAUCCAUUAGUAGUAUGAUAAACAAAAUUGAUGAUGUACUGGGACAAAACAACAUUGACUCGACUAGUUGCAUGCAACGCGCCGUCUGUGGCUAUGUUCGAUCGACGGAGAAGAACAUGAAGACCGGAAUAUCGGAUCAAAUGGACGAAUUCAUUCAUAUGCUCUCCGAAAAUUCCCUCGUAGACUAUCUAUUGGAUGGCACUGCGAUAAAGGAGGCAUUGGAGCAUGGAAAGGAAUUAAAUAGUAGACCUUGCGAAGAACUCUACCAAUCGUGUCCUUUGGACAGUACAUCGGCAACUAAUAUUCUCAUGAAAUUAUUGCCCAAGAAAAGCAAAAGUUCUAAAUCUAGUUCUACAGAUGCAACCGACAAAAAUAAUUAAUUAAAAUUUAUUCGCAUUAAUCAACGAUGAAAAUACAUAUUUAAAAGGAUAUUUGACUUGAUCCAAAUUCAUAAUCAGCUGAAUACAUUAACUAUUUUUAAAGUUUAUACUUUGUGACUGACCAAAUCCGUUUAUUAUAUUUGAUAUAAUAUUUUACAACAAAUAAA